UGACAAUCGAGUUGGAACUGUCGUGAAUCCCAGCUGAUAUUUACCAAAGCAGUGUUUUCUUAUAAUAUUACCUGUAAAAUACACCCAUAUGUUUAACAGUAAACGUAAUAAAACCAUAUUAAAGCAAUUACAUAACCGUUUGCCAACUUAGACCUAAGAAAACCCAGUUUGUGCCUGUUAGUGAUGUCAAAAAUGAAGAAGUUAACUGGCUCAUUCCGCUAUACGCAAUGGGACCCUUGUUUAAUUAUAUCUCAAAUAGUGGCAAUGCAGUCGGUCCUGUACCUCUCGCUGAGCCUCCUCGUGGCUAUCAUGCAGGACUUGACGGACUCCACGAGGACCUUGGACCAUAUAUUCGAAUAUCACGAAUUACAUGUACGAGACAAUGAAGGCAGAGCAAUAAUAUUAGCAUUUGUUUUUAAUGCAAUAUUUGGAGCAUUUGCGUUGUGGACCAUAGUCGGAAGGACCAAACUGUGCUUAGACUUUAGUUGCACAUACCACUGCAUCCAUCUACUGAUAUGCUGGAUGUAUAAUGGUAGAUUUCCAACCACAUUCUCAUGGUGGACGCUGAACAUAGCAUGUGCUGCCAUCACAUGUGUCACUGGAGAGUUCCUUUGCCUCCGUACUGAACUUCAAGCGAUACCACUCAGCAAUAUUGGGGCCAAAGUGGACUUAUGAAACUGACAUGCUCUUCUUUGGUUGUAUUUAUUUAUAGGUAUUCGGUUAAAAUAUUCUAAAGUAUUUUUAAAGCUUCAUAACAGAUGCAUUGGUUUUUAACAAAAUAAUUGUUGAUAAUUGAAAUUUCAAUUACAGACUGACAUUUUAUUUGAUUUUCUAUAAAAUAAAAUUCAAUGUGUAUUUCAACGCUCAAUUAUAGUAAUGGGACAAAGAAUCUCUCAUAAAUAAUUGUGUAUGGAAAAUGAAGUUAUAUUCAAUUAACACAAACUUAAUCCAAACAUGGUUGAUUAUGCAAAUUUGAGCAAAUGUAGAUAAUUCUAAAUUAACUGCUUUAAUCAACUUUGACUUAACUAUUCAGGGCAAAGAAAUCACUAAAUAAAAACAAAUAUUUGCUAAUUUUUAAUUAUCCCCAGUACAUUUGGUGAAGUCUGCAAUUGGAAACAUAGUUACUACUUGAGAACAGUUUAAAUUCAGUUUUUUUUAACCAGAAUAGUUUAGAAUAGUUUUUUUUUAACAUUGAAUUGUCCAUUGGUAGCAGAAUUACAUGUUAGGUUGACGCAAGGAGAUGUAGCGCUCCAUUAUUUUGCUUUCUCAACAUCAAGACUUCAUACAGUAUAUGCAUGACUUGCUUAGGUAUGAUGUUAUUUGUAAAAGUAAAAUUACCGAAAAUGUGUUUAAAAAUAUAAAACUAAUCAUAUCGGUAGAUUAUUAAUUUUCCCAGGGCUAUAAUAUAUUAUAUAGAUGCAUUUUUUCAAUGAGACUCAUAGUGUGUUGCCACCAAACAUGAUAAAUAUAUGAAAUGUUCUAGGAGAAUUGUAUGGAGUUUGGAUGUCUUCCACUAAUAUAGGACCCUUUUCUUAAUAUUGUUUAAUUCUGUUCUGUUAAAUUACAGAUAUUCAGGUUGUAAUGUAUUCUUACUUUAAAUGGUUGUAUAACAGUCAAUAAUUGCCCUAUAAAAUGGUAACGUAAACAAAAAGUAUUAAAACAACUUUUUUUUUAGUUAUACUUGAUAAUGGCUGUGUAAUACUACAUCUCCUUUGCUAUUGCAGUCUUCCCGGAUAAUAAAAAAAGAAAUAAUGCUAUGAAACUUAAUAAUAGUGAUGUAGUUUGUUAUUAAUGCAUAGCAGAAAGUUUAUAGAGGCAACGAUUUGUUUGUACAUACUGUGAUCGAGAGAAACAAUGUUCGAUAUUUAUUAGUUCGUCGUAAGUGUAAAUAAAUGAUUUUUACGGCUA